GUUUAACUGCUACUUCAGUUUAACAAAUAUUUACCAAUUCGAAAUGGCUAAAGUUAUUAUUAUUGCUUUCAUCGUGGCUGUCGUUGUUGCCGUUAUGGCUAACCCUGUGGAUGAGCAAAGCGACUACCAGGUCGUGGAAUUUGAACAUCACCUCCGUCUCCCACGUGCCACCUGCGACCUGCUAUCAGCCUUCGGAGCGGCAGACUCUGCAUGCGCUGCUCACUGCCUCGUCACGGGGUACCGUGGAGGAUGGUGUGAUAAGGGAGUGUGCCACUGCAGACGCUAAAUCUUUUCGUAUUUUCCCAAAGACAUGGGUGUCGGUGGCGUAAUAGCUUUGCUUAUUACGGUUAGCUCUGUAAAAUAUAUAUAUCAGGUAGUUACCAGAGCUAAAACAUGAUCUUUUUUAGCCCGUCACGCUUCUUAAAGCCAAACGGUGUCUCUAGACGCACUUGUGAUUUCUCAACCUUUAAAAAAUAUACCAAAAAAUUAUGUCAAAAAUCGUUUGUAAUAUCUUGAGUCUUUAGGAUACGUGACUGGUUAAUCAAGGACAUUUAAAAAAAUGCGAAUAACAGCUCAGCAAUAGUGUAGGCAACGGCUUUUACAAUAUCAAAACUUAUAGGACU